AUGAGCGACUGCGAAAGCUUCAUCUCCAUCGACAACACCAACAACGAUGAGACAGCGGCGAGCGAAGGGAAGCAACCCCUAAACCUGGACAAGUUCUUGGAUUACGACAUGGACUUCAUCAAUGAGGCGGACAGGUACAAGUACGUAGGAGCGGACAUUACGCAGAGGUACGAUUAUUUUGAUAUAAAAAAUGAGCAGGUGGCAUUUCUCCAGGGGGAUGAUCUCCACUACAGCAACGUCGCUCUGGGAAAUAGAAAAAAGGAACAGGUGAACACCUUCAUGAAAAUAAAAAAAGAAUUGUACACCAUUGCGUAUAAGAAUUAUAAAUACAAAAUGGGGGAAUCAGUGGGCACGGAAAAGGUGACCUUGGGGGAGGAAAUCGACAGUGCAGGGGAGAUAGCGGCGGGGGGGACGGCGGCUUCGCCCACUGAUGUGUUCACUAAGGGGAAGGAAAGGGGCAAGAAGGCGUACGACCUGCUGAACAACGACUUGGGAGCCGUGCUGGGGAACAAAAUCGAAGACACGUACAAUGAAAUAAAAAGCAGCGUCAACUGGUUGGGCAACUUCUUCUCCAACAACGAACAAAAUGAUGAAAAAAAAAAAAUAAAUAUUUUUUACAGUGAUUUGUACUUCCUUAGUGACAUGACCAUUUUGCGAUUUCUGGACACGUACGAUUAUAAUUUGCUAAAGACUUCCAAUAAAAUUAUAAAAUUUAUUUUGUGGAGGCAAAUGACCAUUUCGAUUUUUAACAAGAGCCAGUGGAAGAUAAAGAGGGGCACGAGCUCGAUGGAGCGCGGCAAGGAGGAGGCCAUGGCGGCAGCGGCGGUGACCAAGAGCAGCGCCAAUCAACUGAGCGCCAACCCGCUGGGCGCCGCGGGCGACCGAGACAACGCCUUCAUCAACCCUGUGCACAUUAAGGACAUCCUAAUGAAGACCAACAUCUUCAGGUGCGGCUGCGACAAAAAAGCGAGACCCAUGCUUUAUAUAAAAAUACAGGAAAAAUUAAACAUGCAAGAGGACGAGCUGUUCCUGCUGCUCGUUUAUCACGUAGACAUGUGCAUGAACAGCAUAGACUACUCGAAGUGUUACGAAGAAAAGGGAAAAGCAAAUGCUGGGAGUGACCCCACGGAGGGGAAAACCCAUUUCGAUGAGUCAGCCUUGCAACUUGUCAUCAUCGUGGACUGCCAGAAAUUUGAGCUAAACAAUAUGAUCAGCGUUGAUUGCAUAAAAAAAAUUAUUAACAUUUUUAACGAAUUUUACACCGAUGUUCUGUACAGAAUUUAUAUUAUAAAUGUCCCCACGUUUUUUAAAAAGGUUUGGUCCCUUUUUAAUAUGUUCAUCGAUAAUCACACCUUGAAGAAAAUUAUUUUUAUAAAUAAAAAAAAUAUCAACUUCAUGUACGACCAUAUCGACGCACACGUCAUGAAGCACUUCGACAAACACGCCGACAAGGAUAAGGAGAAAGACAAAGAGAAAGAGAAAGCCGCUUCCGACGACUCCUCCAUUUUCUUCCCCUCCACGUCCCUGUACUACAAGUACGACGAGAUGUACUAUAAGAAGCUCGUUGGUUACGUGGACGCCUGGGUGGGCCAGAUGGUCCAGGCGAAUCAUUGA